GCUUCAUGAUUAAUUCUUUUUUAAGGGCUGGGGAUGAGUUAUGCACACAGGGGAGAACCACAGAAACGACAAUCGACUUUAUGAGUCAUUCCACUUAGUUUAUUGGAUUUUCUCGACUCCUUUUUUCACUCCGCAGCACAGCAGUUCUCGCAGCUCUCUAUCCUUGCACGAAUACAAUAUGAUCUGCUUGGAAAUUUCGUUUCGUGAUACAACCCGUCAGCAGCUAGACGACGAAGUUGACUGUUAGUACGCAUGCGCAGUGGGCUGAGAGCGCUCUCCAAGAGUGUGUGCGAGUGUCUUGACCUUCGUACCUUCAAGGUUCACGUGAGGUGUAGAAGAGAUUCAUGGACGUUCCUCUACGAAGGGUGUUCUGACUGUCAAGCCAUAGCCUAGCUAGCUGCGAGUAAACUGAGCUGAUAAGCUUUCAUCUAGUGGCUUCCCCUGGCCUCCUCGCGCAGGUAGGAGAGUGUGUGGAGGACGGAGAGCGGGGAAUGGCGCAGGGAACGAAGACGUGGCCAAGUUCUACUGCACCAAGCACUCGUGGAGGGGCAAGUACAAGAGAGUGUUCUCCAUAGGGACCAAGGCAAUCACUACAUACAACCCCAACACUCAUGAAGUCACCAAUCAGUGGUGUUACAAUGAGUUUGUGGGUAUUGCUCCUAGUCCCAAGGCCAGCAAUGAAUUCAUCAUCACCAUGAAGAAAGGAAGGAAGACUCAGCAGAUGACCUUCUCGACUGAGUUCAGACCUGAGGUCCUCACUCGCACUCUGAUGUUCAGUCCGUUGUUCUGUGAGCAACCUCGAAAUGAAACAGACAAGAGGUUUGAUGCAGCCAAGUUCCACUGGGACGAGGCCAAAGUCAAGGUCCUCCUAGUGGUUCGCAGGUACUGUGUGAGCCAGGUGGACAUCACUGGCCACACUCUCACUGACUACAAGUACAAAGACAUCGAGUACAUGGCAAAGGUUGCAGAUCAUCCGGGAGCCUUUGUUGUGGCUGCUGGCGGAUUUGGACGACUGCACAUGUUCCUGACAGAGCAGAGAGAUGAUGUCAUGAAAGCCAUAAUCCUUGCCUCUCGCAGCAACAUUGGAUACGAUAUAGCUGUUCACAGAGACCUCAUCACACAACAUGACUUCCUGGAGAGGAGACUCGGCAAGUACAGUGAUGAUGACUCCAUUACAUCACUUACAGAGUUCAAAGUUCAGAAACACACUCCUAGAUACCUGGAGCCGGCUCCGAGGAUCCUGGCCCUCUCAGAGAACUGUAUAAUAGAGAGAGACCCCUCCACUUACAUUGUCGUUACCAUACGACCACUCAGUGAGGUGUUUGCUCUGAUUCGCUACACCAAUGAUCCCCAGAGGUUCAGCAUUGAGUACGUCAAUGGCAUCGUCAGGAAAUACAGUGCUACUGAAAGAGAUGCCCUGCUGUGCAGUAUCCUGGAUGGAGUGAGGGCCAGUGGGAACAGAGACGUCUGUGUGAAGAUGACACGCACCAACCGAGGCCAGAGACUGGGACCACUCCAUCUGCCUGUGGAGGAGGAGGUGGAGAGCCAGUACCUCAAAUACCUCGUCAACACUCCUCCAUCGGUGCAGUUCCAUGAGGCAGUGGAGAAGUUCAACUCCAACGUGGCUUACAGUGGCCUCAACCAUGCAGUGUCUUCUGAGGGUAUAUUUUCAGAGAACAAGGAGAAGCUCAUCAACGGAUCCCUCACCGCACUGCUGAUGAAGGAAGGAGACCAGAGUUCCCUCCCAAAUGACAGACUAGAAGAACAGUUCCAUGCCCUCAGGAGACUAGUGGCCUCCAAGGCCGGCUAUGAGGCCUUCACCUCCCUCACCAAUUUUCAGGGAGAUAGUUGGGAAGAAGGUGGUUCGAGCCCUCCGCAGGAAGGACGACGGGAUCAGCCAUGCCUCUGUGGACUUCUUGUGCGCCCUCAUGCAGCCCAUGCACGACACUACGACCUGAGACAGGAGCAGAUGAACAAGUCCUCUCUCCUCUCCAGCAAACCGUUCCUGGAGAUGGUGCUGGAACCUCUCAAGACACACGUGAGAGUCGGGGGAGUGGGACUGGUAGUGAGCUCCAUCCUCGAUUUCUUCACAUUUGCCGUCUGUCCUCCCUACAGUGAGACAACUGAAGCAGAGAAGUUUGACAUGGUUUUGGAGCUCAUUUCUGGUCUGGGAAGAACAGUGUUCAAACUCUUUCAGCACCCUUCUCUGGCCAUCGUGAAGGCUGCUGGACUCAUCAUGAAGGCCAUCAUUGAGGAGGGGACACCGGAGAUGGCAAAGAAGAUGCAGGACCUGGCGCUGGCAGAGGGAGCUCUCCCCCGGCACCUCCACACCUCCCUCUUCACCGCUUCCAGCGACAACAGACUCCUCACUCACAGG